AUGGCUUCCCUGGGCUGGAUGGCUUUAACACUGACCCUGCUGCUGGCUGUUGGAAACAGUUUGGCUGACACGGACCCAAACGAACUUGCAGGACUUGUAAAGGAAACCUUGAACAGGUGAGUCAAUAAUCUCCAAAAUGUAGAUAAGCUCCUUUGAAAUGCCAAAAUUAAAUAUUUACUUUUUCUCAUCUUGAACUGGCCAAAAAUACCACAGCACUAACAUCUCAUACCUUUUUUUAAACAGGUUCAGACCAAGCUACAUCUUCGACAACAUUGAGUAAGUAUGAAUAACUUACAUAAUCUAAAAGCCACUCUAAACAAAGACAGCAGAUGACAGAUGUCAGCAGAGCUAGCACCACCAGUCCUCAAUCAAUCAGUCUUUAUUUUUAUAGUGCAAAUUCACAACAAGUGUAAGCCCAAGAUGCUUAACAAAGAAGCUGGUCUUGACAGAGGCCUAAUGUAAAGAUGGGAUCAGACUGAACCUCAUCUUGUUAGAUCAGGCCCACCCCCAUCCCAUCUUCAACCACAUGAGGGAAACACUUUGUAGCAAUAAUCAAGUUACAUCAGAGAGAUAGAACUUCCUUUAACAGGGUGAAACCUCAGGCAGAACCAGACUCAUGUGAGACUGCAUUGGGUUUAGAGAGGAGAUAGAGAGAGAUGGAGAGAGGUGAGAUUGAUGCUUGUUGUUGAAGCAGCUGGAAAGCAGGUCCACAACAGCAGGACAUCUGCAGCUGUGAACCAGAGAAAACUACGACAUGAUGGAGCUCAGUGACUCCUUAAAAAGAACUGCGUAACCUACAUACAAACUACACAGUCCUCCUUGAAGUGGUGUUUUCAAGUGCCAGUUUAACCAGACACAGCAUACAUUUAACAUUACCUCCAUUUUUCCAGAUCAAAAUCCUGAUGAAUCACGCCAUGUAAUUUAAAAUAUGACGCGCCACCGCCACCAUCACUCGACUGGAAACAAAUACAGUGUUUUUAAGUUGACUGAUUGUAUAUUUUGUGUGUCUGUUUCUUUUGACAGGAAAAAGCCCAUGUUCAGCCUGGCUGUGAGCAUCCCGUACGAUGAAGAAAAGGAAAAGUUCGACGUCAGCAAAGUCGAAGUCUCUGAUGAGGAAGUGAAGAAAACGAUGUUACAGUGUAAGGUCCACAUCACCUCCAGGGUGGUGGCUGCCACAGUUUUGAGGUGGCCCAAUGUCUUGGAACAGUGUCCUAAAGAACCUGUGCAGUGGCGUGAUGUCCUGAAAAACUGCGGUGAAAGCAAAAUGACCUGGUUGGACGUCCAAAAGAAAUGCUCUGAUAAAGUUCGUGAUGGCAGAGCUGAUCACGCAGAGUACCGGGCUCUCAAACACAUGUUCAAAACACCCAACAAAAAUGAUUUUCUGCUUUUCUAUGUUUUAGCUUCACCAUGUGAUAAAAGAUGUGCAAACCCAGAGAAUCCCUGGAAUAUUCUGGAAAGCAUUAAGGAGAUUAAGAAGUGGAAAAACUAUGCUGUGGUGUUUUCUAAUGUGUUCCAACCUCGUAAUGGGGUCGUCAUCCCCGAAGAAGACCUUAAGAGGGCUCUAGAGCAGCUAGGGAAGUCAGUUGGUCUCAAGAACAUAUUUCGCUGUAGUAAAGGGAAGUGUGAGAGCUGCUCUGAUGAUAAUAAAGUCACAAGCUUCUGUGUUAGAGACUAA